GGAGGUGGAGAAAUCAUGGACAAGGGGAGUAUCUCCAAUGUAUCGAAUUUAGCAGCGGAAAGUGACGUGAUUCAGGAAUUGAUGGAUGUGAUUGAAUAUGUUAGCUUGUUUACGUAUUUCCGAAGGACCCAAAGGAAGGAAUGCUUCAAUCUUGUGAGGAGAAUGAAGCUCUUGGUGCCUCUGUUAGAAGAGAUCUAUGAGUUUGAUGAGCCUGUUACAAAUGCUGUUAUAAGAUGUCUUUAUGAUUUGAAAAGGGCCCUCUUGUUAGCCAAGAAAUUGUUGAAGUUUUGUCACGAUGGAAGCAAGAUUUUCCUGGCAUUUGAGGGUGAGGCAGUCAUGGGAAGAUUCCGCGCCACUUAUGACAAAAUAAAUCAAGCUUUGGAGGGUAUGCCUUAUGAAGAGCUAGGGAUUUCUGAUGAAGUGAGAGAACAAGUUGAGUUAAUGCGUACGCAGCUUAGAAGAGCAAAGAGGAGGGCAGAUACUCAAGAUAUGGAGCUUGCAAUGGACAUGAUAGUUGUGUUCUCUAAGAAAGAAGACAGGAAUGCAGACAGAGCCAUACUAGAAAGGCUAGCACACAAGUUGGAAUUGCAUUCUAUUGCGGAUUUGAAGGCAGAAACUAUAGCAAUAAGGAAACUAGUCAAAGAAAGGGCUGGACAAAAUCCAGAAGGUAGUCAGCAGCUCCUAGAUCUUCUACGAAAAUUCAAACAAGUUGCAGGGAUUGAAGAUGAAAGCAUCUCUAAUGAAUCUUCUGUGCCUAAAACACUUGAGAAGUCCCCAUCUUUGAUCAUCCCUCAUGAAUUCCUUUGCCCCAUUACGCUUGAGCUCAUGACAGAUCCUGUUAUUGUGGCGACUGGACAGACUUAUGAAAGAGAAAGCAUACAAAAAUGGUUGGAUUCCAACCACCGGACUUGCCCAAAAACUGGACAGAUUUUGGUCCACUUGGUUCUUGCACCUAACUAUGCUCUCCGCAACCUUAUUCUAAAUUGGUGUGAGAAGAAUAAUGUUGAACUACCAAAAAAAGAAGCAACUGGUGGCUCAAAUAACUUUGCUGCACAUAAAGAGGAAAUCUCUACCUUGGUGCAAAAUCUAUCCUCAAGUCAAUUGGACAUGCAAAGAAGAGCUGUGACGAAGAUCCGUAUGCUGUCCAAAGAGAACCCCGACAACAGAGUCUUGAUUGCAAGUAGUGGAGGAAUUCCUUCUCUAGUUCGACUUUUGUCUUAUCCAGAUUCAAAAAUCCAAGAGCACACUGUAACAGCUCUAUUGAACCUAUCAAUUGAUGAGGCAAAUAAGAGAUUGAUAGUUAGAGAAGGAGCCAUUCCAGCUAUAAUUGAAGUGCUACAAAAUGGAACUAUUGAAGCCAAAGAGAACUCUGCAGCAGCCUUGUUUAGUUUAUCAAUACUUGAUGAAAAUAAAACGGCAAUUGGAAAUGCAGAUGGUAUUCCACCUUUAGUAGAUCUCUUGCAAAAUGGCACAAUUAGAGGUAAGAAGGAUGCUGCUACCGCACUCUUUAACUUAGCUCUCAACCAGGCAAAUAAGGUUAGAGUGAUUAAGGCAAAUAUUGUUCCACCAUUGCUUCAAUUACUCACUGAUAAGAACUUGGGUAUGAUUGAUGAGUCCCUCUCAAUCUUGUUACCUCUUGCAUCGCUUCCUGAAGCACAGAAUGCUAUUGGACAGCUUCCUUUUGUUGAAACUCUUGUUGAACUCAUUAGAGAUGGAACCCCCAAGAACAAGGAGUGUGCUAUAUCAGUUCUUCUUGAGUUGGGAUUGCACAAUUCCUCUUUCAUUUCGACUGCUCUUGAAUUUGGUGUCAAUGAACAUUUGAUAGAAAUCUCAAAGAAUGGAACUAGCAGAGCCCAAAGAAAAGCAAAUUCCUUUUUGCAACUCAUUGAGUAAGUGUGCACAUUCCUUGAAGUUUAGAAGUAAUAGACUUCAUGUUGUAGUAGUUUCCAUCUCAGAUUGGAUAGUAUCAGCCAUAUUGCUUUUCUACAAUUCUGUUUUGGAGCCUGCUUGAACUGCAUUUUUAUUUGAUUACAUACUCAAAUUCCUUUCAUGUUACUUCUAAAACGACUCCGGCACGUAAGUGUUGGGAUUCCUGUCAAGUUUGUAGUUUGUAUUUACUAAGAGCAAUGUUAAUGUAUGUGCUUAUGGAAUUAUGUUAUUAAGCAGAAGUUGAUGUCUGAUGUGAAAAACCUUUAAAGCAAAUUUGUAUACAAUAACUAUAUGAUAUUAUAUCCUUGUAAAUUC